CGUGAUUGUCUCUCGACCUCUGGGCCGCUUAAGGCAGAUAUGUUUGCGAAGAAGCUGAAUCCUACAGUGUGCUGAAUAAUGGCUUGGAGGGAAGCGGUUUUAGUAUGCAUUUAUUGUUACGUUGUAUUUGCGUUGCCACAAGUCGUGCGAAGACCAACCACGCAGGAUCCGAUAUCAUUAUUUUUCAAUCCACAAUGCAAUGCUGGCCGAGGAACGUGUACCAGAGAUUGUAAAAUCAGUAAUCAGGUGGAAAGUGAUGAUUGUAAUGGUAUUUUGGCUGUUUGCUGCAUGCCUGAUCGUAAUGAUGGGAUUUCGUUUCCUACUCGUCCAACUUACGCACCACCAUUAGCUCCGACGAAAAGUUCCCAGCCGACUACAACUUCCACCACAACCACCGAGGAACCACCCGACGAUGGAUGGUUUGUUCCAGACUGUGGCGUUCGACAGUCGAGAACGGAUAUUAACAGUCAGUCCGUAGAGGACGCCCAGCGCGGAGAGUUUCCUUGGAAUGUAGGUGUUUUCACGAUUAGCGAAAAUGAGUUCGGUAUAGAGCAGAAUGUAUUCCACUGUGGUGGAUCCUUGAUCGACGAAUUCACGGUCAUGACUGCUGCUAGCUGUGUACGACGGAAGAACGCAUCAUCCUUAUUCGUGUUCGCCGGCCUGUUAAAUAUUGAAGACCACCAAGAACGACGGCAGGUGCGCAAAGUGAGUCAAAUCAUCUUACAUCCCAGUUUCAAACCGUCAUCAAAAGUCUACGACAUCGCGAUUCUUUUCCUCGAUGAUAAAGUAGACUUUUCUCGGACUGUAAACCGGAUUUGUUUACCAGACUCCAGUGUAGAUUUCGCCAACAGCUAUUGCCUGGUCACAGGCUGGGGAGUCACGCCGACGGAUGAAACGGUAGGAAGAUCUGUUCGACCGAUCAUGAAGGUGAUAGAACUGCCAUUGGUUGAUCACAAGCAAUGUGAGACGAAACUGCGCAAGAUAGUAUCUCCCAAUAACGUAUUCCAACUGAAGGAGACAUUUCAGUGCGCGGGAGAGGAAGAAGGGAUCAAUGUUUGUCCCAGAGACAUUGGUUCUCCGUUGGUUUGCACCAUACCCGGACGAGAUAGGCAGUUUUACCAAGUGGGCAUUUUCUCCUGGAGCGAAAGUAUGUGCGGGAGAAGGGCUAUUCCAAGUGCAUUCACCAAGGUCAGUCAUUUCCGCAAAUGGAUCGACGAGCAUAUAGAGAGUGAAGGGCGACUUACGAUCGUUUAUAUUCCUCAGCCGGAAGAACUUGGUGAGGACUGAAAAUUGAACAAGGAACGAUUACAAUACUCA